UAGAUGCUACAUCCGGUAUAGCGCUUAUAUGCACAAGGACGUUGAAGCUUUUGGCCUCUUUAAAGGACGGACAGACACAAAUGAACUCAUAUUCAUAUUUAUCUUUUAUACCCGGAGCUAAAACAUUUUUUUCUGACAGCGGCUGCCUUUGUCCUUUGUUGUUUACUUGCUGUGUACUUGUCACUAACGUAGCUAAUGCUAACCGGCUAGCAGCUGUCCUGUCAGACAGUAGUUGGUCCAUGUGGUUGAAGUUACAUGAAAUAAUGAGGCGCAACCGAGUAUAGGAAACCAUAGUUUUGUGUCAUUUACAGCAAAAAUGAGAGCUUUUCUUUGUGUUAAAACCCCGCAACUGGUCAGCAGAGUCUUCAGUCCAGCAGCAGCAGUUCGAUGGGGAGCAGCUCAGUCCAGAUUCCUCUGCAGCUCUUCACCAGAGGAGACAAAGUCCCGACCCUCCAUGCUGCGACACCUGACCACCAAAUUAAAAGCCACCGGACCGAUUACGGUGGCUGAAUACAUGAGGGAGGUGCUCACCAACCCUGUGACAGGUUAUUAUGUGAGGAACAACAUGCUGGGGCCUGAUGGAGAUUUUAUCACAUCACCAGAAAUCAGCCAGAUUUUCGGAGAGCUGCUCGGCGUUUGGAUCAUCAGUGAGUGGAUGGGAGCAGGUCGACCCAAACAGCUGCAGCUGGUUGAACUCGGACCUGGGAAAGGAUCACUGGCCAGUGAUGUCCUCAGAGUGAUGAGUCAGCUGCGCUCGGUGCUGGGGGAGGCCUCGGUGUCGCUCCACCUGGUCGAGGUGAGCCCAGCUCUGAGUCUCCUUCAGGCCCAGAAUCUCACGAGAAAUUACAGCCAGGAGGCGGACAGCGAGGAUGAGCCGGUUUACCGUCGUGGAGAAACUGCAGCCGGGCUGCCGGUGUCGUGGUACCGACGCUUACACGACGUCCCCACAGGAUUCAGUAUCUUUGUUGCUCAUGAGUUCUUUGACGCUCUUCCAAUCCACAAAUUCCAGAGGACACAAAAAGGCUGGAGGGAGGUGAUGGUGGACAUCGACCCUGAUAAUCCGGACAAGCUGAGGUUUGUGGUGGCGCCGUCUCCGACUCUGGCUUCAUCCACACUAGUACAGGCAGAUGAAAGGCGGGAUCAUGUGGAGGUGUGUGCAGAGGGAGGAAUCAUCGUCCAGCAGCUCUCCAGGCGGAUCACAGAGGAUGGAGGUGCAGCGCUGAUCGCAGACUACGGACACGAUGGAACCAAGACGGACACGUUCAGAGGGUUUAAAGGCCACCAGCUGCAUGACGUCCUGUCCUCUCCUGGCUCGGCCGAUCUCACCGCUGACGUGGACUUCAGCUACCUGCGGAGGAUGGCGGGAGGGGGCGUGGCCUGUCUGGGACCCGUCAGUCAGAGGAGCUUCCUGAAAAACAUGGGCAUCGACACCCGCAUGCAGGUUCUGCUGAGGAGCUGCGUGGAUCCGUCCACCAGGAAGCAGCUGAUCAGCAGCUAUGACAUGCUCACCAACCCCAACAAGAUGGGCGAGCGCUUCCACUUCUUCAGCCUGCUGCACCACAGCCGCCUCGCCCAACCCAGGAAAACAGAUGGGCUGAAGCUGGAUAAGAAGAAGAGCCCGGCACCGCUGCCUGUGGCCGGGUUCACCGAGCUCAGCAUCUCCUGAAACAGACGACUGUAAAUCUGCAGAAACCUUCAUCAGCAGGUCGGAAGCAGCAACUGAAAACGUGAACAUUAGGGAGUGACUGAGACUGAUCAUGCUCGUGGAUUGACGAGAAGGAAAUAUGCUGCAUUCUACUGGUGUUUACACCAAACAUUAUGUGGACUAAAAGUACACUUCAAAGUCAGCUGUACUGUAAAUUGUAAGAAAAUAAAAGUUGUUUACAUUUUAUUGUUGAACGGUGAUGAACACAGUUGCCUGAUGGAGUAAAAGAGCCUCUUUUUAAAAAAAAUUCUGCAUCUGGAAGCCAUGUAGCAUCACUUUAACCCCCGUGUCGUCCUGCUGGUCAAAAUUGACCCGUUUUAAAGUUUGAAAAUGUGUGGAAAAAAAAAUGUUUUCACAGUAAAACUUCUGAUGUCCACAUUUAACAUUUUUGGGAAAUCUUUGAACAUUUUUUGGGUGGAAAAAAAGAAACGUUAAGAAAAAAAAUCAACCAAAAUCCAUGAUUGAUUUUUUUGUGAAUGUUCUUAAAGAAAAUAUUAGAAGUUUUACUGAUAUAUAUGUAAUCAUUUUAGAUAUUUUUUAGGAUUUUUACUCAUUUUUUGAAAAUAUUUACAAGAAUUUUCUUGCCACAUUUGGGCGAUUUAAAAAAAUAAAUAAAUUUAAGGGAAACUUUUAAGGAAUUAUUGCAAUUUUCUUCCUGAAGGUUUUGCAAAUUUUCAGAAAUUUGGGGAAUUUUUUUGCAGAAUUUUUGGAUUUUUUUCAGACAAGGAAACAAUAUUUUUUUGGUGCCUGUAAAUGAGGACAACAGGAGGGUUAAAUUAAAAUCCAGAGCGAACUGACACCUGAUACGGAGCGGCUUCAGGUCAGAGGUCACCUGGCAGCACCGGGAUCUUUUUCUCUCCCUCCUGCUCCGUCGCUCGGCCUGCUGCCUCUGUGCACAUCUUGAAGCAGUUAGCUGAGCUCACAGUUGUGCUGCAGCCAUUCGCAGCGAGGCCGCCGCUCCUCCGAUAGCAAUUAAAAGGUUGGGUUACACAUCUGGGGGGUGGAGGGGGUCGCUGCUGCCAAAACAAGCAGCCGUGCUGCAGUGGAGCGGCGCAGCGAAGCGAUCGUGUUCAGGAUUGGUAAUUAAAUGAUCGUUUCCAAACAUCCUGCUGCAGAUCGUUAUCAGCUUGGCCUCCGAUUCAGGAGGGUCUCUGCUGUUUGUUUUUUUCUCUCACUGAUGAGUCUGACUUGUACAUUUGGAAUAGAUUAUGUGACUUUCAUUAAACCCUUUGAACUGAA